AUGUCGGGUAAAAUGAUCGCGGCUCUCAGAGGUAUUUUAACUGCCAUUAUUUUUGUGGAGGCCCUGGACGUCGUGGCGCGCUACCUGCGGAUGGUCUGCGCCUGGCCCGAGGGCCGCGGGCCGCUCGCGCGCGCGCUCUCGUACGUGCUGCCGUACACGUUCGCCUCAGCGGGCGCUCCGCCGCUGGUGUACUUCGCACUAGGCGAGCACGACGACAACGUAGAGCUCGUAGGCUUCUUAGCGGACGCGCUCGGCUGUUGUCUCUGUGGCUUCAAGAUGUUCCAACAACAGAAGCACGCCGUUACGAAAUCAUCCGCCAAUUCCCCCUGCCCAGCCAUUAUCCCCACAGUCAACCCCUGCCUGAAGCACCCCGGUGUCCCUCAGAUCAUGGCCGUGCGCGAGAUCCUGGACGGCUUCACGCCGAUGGAGCGCUCUGUGGCCGCGCAGGCCGAGCCGCUUAACGAGCACUGCGAGAGGCGGAGCGUCACCAUACUACGUCGCUUCAUGCGCGCUUACUCGGUGGUGUCCGGCCUCACGAUCUUCUUCAUGAUCGUAGCCGUCAUUCGCAACGACCCCUGGUACUGCGUCAAGGCACCCCGGUAUAUGAUGGAGACGAGACCGCUGUACAUCACCAUGGUGGUCCUGGCCACGACUUCAUUGUACACCUUCCCCGUGGCGAUAGGUCUCUUUGACGGACUGAUCUUAACGCUGAGCCUCCACAUGGCCUGCAAGUGCGACGUGCUGGUCCUGAUGCUUCGGCAGGCGGUGCGCCAGGACGCCGACGAGAUUGGCCUCCAGGACGGCGCCGAGGAGGGAAAACACCUCCGCCUGUGCGCGAUCUACCACCAGCAGAUCAUCAGGCUGCACAGCGCUUCCGAGUCCAUGUUCUGCACCGUCGCCCUGUGCCAGAUGUUCUACGUCCUCUUCGGCCUGGGCACUCCGCUCUUUCGCAUGCUGAACAAGACGCAGGAGGUGCUACCGCAGGACGUCGCCUUCGGCAUCGUCUACGUGAUGUUUACAUUCACUCAGCUGUUCACCUUCUGCUAUUCCGGGGACCUCGUGGCUAAAGCGUCAGCACGGCUGUCCUCGGCGACCUACUCGUCCUUCCACCCGUCGCUGUCCGGGAAGGAUACGCGGCUGGGACGCAUCCUACACUUGAUCGUCCUGCGCGCGCAGAGACCCCUGUUCCUCACAGCGGGCCGCCUCACCAACCUCACGCUACAACUGUUCCAGGACGUGAGUGAUGAAGCCUUAGUUUGUUAUCAAACAAAGACAUUUUGUAGUCGGUAG